GGUUGAUGUGAACAGGCGCUGCGCUUCGUAAAUUUCGUAUACGUUGAUUUGUGUAAACGCCAUUUGUGUGCGCGCGUGUGUGUAUGUAUUUGCAUGCCAGCGAGUUGUUUUUUCCGCCUCUGUACAGUUAAUAUUCAUAAUUUUCUGUUAAGCGCAGUGCACUCGCAGCCGCAGCAAACUAAAUUAGCGCAAAAUGUUGCCAAAACGUGUGCGAUAAAAGUGAAAGAAAAGUAAAACUCACAAAAAGUACAACAACAACAACAGCAACAACAACAAACGAAGAAAAUAAAAGAAACGUAGCGCAGGGCCAGGCCAGGCAACCAAAAACUGCGCGUGCCUGUCUCUGUCUCUUUCUUUCUGUGUGUCCGUGUCCGUGUCCGUGUGUGUGUAAUUGUAAUUGUGUGUGCGUUUGCAACAGAUGCUGCAAACGUUACGCUCUGUGUUUGUGUUGUUGUUGUGCAAAGACACCAACAGCAACAACGACGCCUAAAACGACAACCACGAAAUACGUCAUCAACAGCAAGCAACAACAACAGCAACAGCAACAACAACAACAACCAUGUUCAAGUGCAUUCCAAUAUUCAAAGGCUGCAACAGGCAGGUGGAAUUCGUGGACAAACGCCACUGUUCGCUGCCCCAGGUGCCGGAGGAAAUUUUACGCUACUCGCGAACCCUCGAGGAACUCUUUUUGGAUGCGAAUCACAUUCGUGAUCUGCCAAAGAAUUUCUUCAGAUUGCAUCGCCUGAGAAAACUGGGCCUGAGUGACAAUGAAAUUGGACGCCUGCCGCCGGACAUACAAAACUUUGAAAAUCUCGUGGAGCUCGAUGUUUCACGUAACGAUAUACCCGACAUUCCCGAUGACAUUAAGCAUCUGCAGAGCCUGCAGGUGGCCGACUUUAGCUCGAAUCCGAUACCGAAACUGCCGUCGGGCUUUUCGCAGCUGAAGAACUUGACCGUGCUGGGCUUAAAUGAUAUGUCGCUUACCACAUUGCCCGCCGAUUUUGGCAGUUUGACGCAGCUCGAAUCGUUGGAGCUGCGCGAGAAUCUGCUCAAGCAUUUACCCGAAACGAUAAGUCAGCUCACCAAGCUGAAGCGCCUGGAUCUGGGCGACAACGAAAUUGAGGAUUUGCCACCAUAUCUGGGCUAUUUGCCGGGCCUGCACGAGCUCUGGCUGGAUCACAAUCAGUUGCAGCGUCUACCGCCAGAGCUGGGCCUCUUAACCAAGCUAACGUAUCUGGAUGUGUCCGAAAAUCGCCUGGAGGAGCUGCCCAAUGAGAUUGGCGGCCUGGUGAGCCUCACUGAUCUGGAUCUGGCACAGAAUCUGCUCGAGACACUGCCCGAUGGCAUUGCCAAACUGAGUCGACUGACCAUACUGAAACUGGACCAGAAUCGCUUGCAGCGUCUAAACGAUACGCUCGGCAACUGCGACAACAUGCAGGAGCUGAUAUUGACGGAGAACUUUCUGUCCGAGCUGCCCGCCUCGAUUGGAAACAUGAGCAAGCUGAGCAAUCUGAAUGUGGAUCGCAAUGCUUUGGAGUAUUUGCCCAUAGAGAUUGGCCAGUGCAGCAAUUUGGGCGUGCUCAGUCUGCGCGACAACAAGCUAAAGAAGCUGCCGCCCGAGCUGGGCAACUGCACGGUGCUGCAUGUGCUCGAUGUGAGCGGCAACCAGCUGCUCUAUUUGCCCUAUUCGCUGGUCAACCUGCAGCUGAAGGCGGUCUGGCUGUCGGAGAAUCAAUCACAGCCACUGCUCACCUUCCAGCCGGACACGGACGCUGAGACGGGCGAGCAGGUGCUCUCCUGCUACCUGUUGCCCCAGCAGGAGUAUCAGCCCAUUGCGCCAGCGCGCGAUUUGGAAUCUGACUCUGAGCCCUAUGAGGAGCGCGAACCGUCACGCACCGUUGUCAAAUUCUCGGAGGAUGCCAGCCAGGAAAAGGAUACGCCAUUUGUGCGCCAGAACACGCCGCAUCCCAAGGACUUGAAGGCCAAGGCACAGAAACUCAAAGUGGAGCGCAGCCGACACGAAGAGAACGCCAAUUUGGUGGCACUGCCCGAGGAGAACGGCACCAAGUCAGUCGUGACAGAAACCCCCGCCGAGGCACGCACCGUGGUCAAUAGUCACCAACAGAUAGUCGUGACAGCCACCAAUAGCGCGACCGCUGCGCAGCCAGUACACAAACCUGUAACGAUUGGUGCAAUUACACCAACACCAACUGCAGCAGCGCCACAAACCGCACAGGGUGCCCCAGCAGCAGCCACGGCUAGAACCAACAGCGACAAUACAACAGCAACAGUUGCCCAGGCGGCUGACGCUGCGGAACAGGAAGACGAAUAUGAGACCGAUCGCCGCGUGGGCUUCCAAGUGGAGGGUGAGGACGAUGACUUUUACAAGCGACCGCCCAAGCUGCACAGACGCGAUACGCCCCAUCACUUGAAGAACAAACGUGUGCAGCAUUUGACCGAUAAGCAGGCCAAUGAAAUCUUGGCCAAUGCUCUGGCCUCACAGGAGCGCGACUCGCCAGAGCCGCAGCAGUCGAUGGCCAAGGUGCAGUCCCCCAUUGAGGAGAAUGCCGAUGCCGAGCUGCUUGAACAGCAGCAGGAACAACAGGAGCAGCAACAACAGCAACCAUUUGACGCCUCGCUCUCCCCAAUCCCAGCUCCAAAGGCUGAGGCAGCAGCCGCCACCGUAGCAGACAACAUUGAUGGCGUGACGGAGCUGCGUCUGGAGCAGUACGAGAUACACAUUGAGCGCACCUCGGCUGGCCUCGGCCUGAGCAUAGCCGGUGGCAAGGGCUCGACGCCCUUUAAGGGCGACGAUGACGGCAUUUUCAUAUCGCGCGUCACCGAAGCGGGACCCGCCGAUCUGGCCGGCCUUAAAGUGGGCGACAAGGUGCUCAAGGUGAAUGGCAUUGUUGUCGUGGAUGCCGAUCAUUACCAGGCCGUUCAGGUGCUCAAGGCCUGCGGCGCCGUGCUGGUGCUCGUAGUGCAGCGCGAGGUGACGCGCCUGAUUGGCCAUCCCGUCUUCAGCGAGGACGGCAGCGUCUCACAGAUCUCCGUAGAGACGCGUCCACUGGUUGCCGAGGUACCAGCUGUCACACAGGAACGCUACAUUCCGCCGCCCAUUCAAAUAGUUCCAGAACAGCUGCAGCAGCAGCCCGUCCAGCAGCUGCAGCAGCUGGCGCCUGCCCAGGCACAUGGCUAUGCGGGCAAUGUGUUUGCCACGCCCACGCCAGCAACAAAUGGCAUGUUGCUGGAGAACGGCAAGCUGGAUUUGGCGCCGUUAAGCUUUAUACAAUUGCACACAACGCUCAUACGCGAUCAAAUUGGCCAGGGAUUGGGUUUCAGCAUUGCCGGCGGCAAGGGCUCACCGCCGUUCAAGGAUGAUUGCGACGGCAUUUUCAUAUCGCGCAUUACCGAGGGUGGGCUGGCGCAUCGCGACGGCAAAAUCAUGGUCGGUGACCGUGUUAUGGCGAUUAACGGCAACGACAUGACGCAGGCACAUCACGACGCGGCUGUCGCCUGCCUCACCGAGCCGCAGCGGUUUGUGCGCCUCGUGCUGCAGCGCGAAUAUCGCGGCCCCCUUGAGCCGCCGACGAGUCCGCGCAGUCCGGCCGUGCUCAACUCGUUGAGCCCCUCCGGCUAUCUGGCCAAUCGACCAGCUAACUUUGGACGCUCUGUGGGCGAUGAGCAGCCCUACAAGUACAACACACUGGCCACCACGCCCACGGCAACUGUGACGACAGGCGUUGUGCACAACAACAACAAUAAUAAUACGCUGCCCAGCAACAAGACUAACGGAUUUGCAACAGCUGCUGCUGUCAAUAAUGCUCCUUAUACUGCUGCUGCUGCUGCCCCAGCUGCUGUCCCAGCAGCUACUCCCGCUUCACACAUUGACAAAUCCACAGGUCAACCGGUGCCAGCACCACGUCGCACCAACUCGGUGCCUCUGGGCGAUGGCGACGCUGCCGUAAAUGGCGCCGCGUCCACCACCAGCAGCGGCGACUCUGGCGAGGCUCAGCCCUCAUCCCUACGGCCAUUGACCAGCGAUGAUUUUCAGGCGAUGAUACCGGCACAUUUUCUCAGCGGCGGCAGUCAGCAUCAGGUGCAUGUGGCACGGCCCAAUGAGGUGGGCGUCAGCGCUGUCACUGUAAACGUGAACAAGCCGCAGCCCGAUUUGCCCAUGUUCCCAGCCGCGCCCACCGAGCUGGGCCGCGUCACCGAGACCAUCACCAAGUCCACAUUCACGGAAACGGUAAUGACGCGCAUCACCGACAAUCAGCUGGCGGAGCCAUUGAUCAGUGAGGAAGUGGUGCUGCCCAAGAAUCAAGGCUCACUCGGCUUCAGCAUCAUCGGCGGCACGGAUCACUCCUGUGUGCCAUUCGGUACACGCGAACCGGGCAUUUUCAUUUCACAUAUUGUGCCCGGUGGCAUUGCAUCCAAAUGUGGCAAGCUGCGCAUGGGCGAUCGCAUAUUGAAAGUCAACGAGACGGACGUCUCGAAGGCCACACAUCAAGAUGCUGUAAUGGAGCUGCUGAAGCCUGGCGAUGAGAUCAAGCUGACCAUACAACAUGAUCCGUUGCCGCCUGGUUUUCAGGAAAUUUUACUUGCCAAGGCCGAAGGCGAGCGCCUGGGCAUGCACAUUAAGGGGGGCUUGAAUGGACAGCGCGGUAAUCCUACGGAUCCAUCUGACGAGGGCGUCUUCGUGUCUAAAAUUAACUCCGUGGGAGCGGCACGACGCGACGGAAGGCUUAAGGUGGGCAUGCGUCUGCUGGAGGUCAAUGGUCAUUCGCUUCUGGGCGCCUCGCAUCAAGAUGCGGUCAACGUUCUGCGCACUGCCGGCAAUGAAAUUCAAUUGGUAGUCUGCAAGGGCUACGACAAAUCCAGUUUAAUGCAUUCCAUUGGCCAAGCAGGUGGCAUGAGCACCGGCUUUAACUCGUCUACAUCCUGCAGCGGUGGCAGUCGCCAAGGCUCUCGUGCUUCUGAAACAGGCUCGGAGCUUAGCCAAAGUCAGAGCGUCUCCAGCUUGGAUCACGACGAGGACGAGCGUCUACGACAGGACUUUGAUGUAUUUGCGGGACAACAGCCAGAUAUUGUUGCCAUGCCGGAGCCCACUAGCCAAACAGGCCUGGCAGCUGCGGCUGCUCUGGUGCACGGGGCACCUUCACCCACACCCACCACACCGACGCCGCCCGCUGGGUCUGCGGCACACGCCGACUCGACACAGCCUGACACAGUGGCCGCGCAGACCGUGGCGCUUAUACACGCCGAACAAACGCAGCAGCCGCCGCAGACGCAGCAAGUGGCAACAAUUGGGCAGGAGAAGAGCACCCAGGAGAAGGUGCUGGAAAUUGUGCGCGCUGCGGAUGCCUUCACCACCGUGCCACCGAAGUCACCAUCAGAGCAUCAUGAACAGGAUAAAAUACAAAAGACAACAACGGUUGUUAUAUCGAAGCACACGCUCGAUACGAAUCCUACGACACCCACCACACCCGUCGCCCCUCUGCCGCUGUUGCCCGCGGAGUCAGCGACCGCGGCCGCGGCCGCGACCACGACCACGGCACCAGUUGCUGUUGCACAGACCCAGACACAGACCAAUUCCAGUCAGCAGCAGCAACAACAACAGCAGCGCGGCACACAGACACCGGAACGUGUGGCGCCCGGAGCACGUUAUUCCUAUCAGCAAAUGCUGGAGAGCCAGGAGGAGAGCCGGGUGCAAGAGCCCACAACAACGCCCAAGAAGGCCGAGCCAGUGUAUAUCAUAGACGAUGAGGAUGACGAUGAGGACGAAAUUGAUGCCAUUGCGGAGGAGGACGAAUCCUCGCCGCCCGUCGACAUACAGUCGCCGCCUUCGUACGCCGACACCGACUCCGAUUGCUUUGAGCGUCCGCGGGGACGCUACACCAGCGACUCGGAGAGCGAUUGCCGGCCCUACAAGCCGUCACGUUCCGGGCGCAGCACGCCGGAGUAUGCGGGCGGCCAUCGCAAGUCCGUGAGCUUCGAUCUGAGUGGGGACGAGCGCUCCAAGUCGGAUUAUGAGCGCUCGCGUUCCCGCACGCCGGAUCGCUUCACGCGCGCCUAUGACUCGGAGCAGGAUACGCGCACAAAGGCCAUGGGUCGCAUGCCGCGCAAGGGAAUCCUGCGCGCCACCAGUCCUAGCUCCUCGGCGAGCUCCACUCUGGAACGUCGUCCCGAAAAGCCGCCGCCCAUCGUUCCGACCGUAGCGCGCAUACGCGAGGUAGAAUCACCUCAGCUGCAGCGUGUCUCCCGCGCAACAUCGCCUGAGCGACCGGGUGAGCUGGAGCGCGAGAAUCCCUUCCGUCAGGUGGAGCCCCAUGAAGAUGACGAAUACACGCAAAUAGCCAAGGCAAUCAGCAUGUCGCCGCGCUCGCCGCGUGAUCAGUUCUUUUUUGGUGCCUCACGCUCCAACGAGGAUCUGAUAGAGCAGUCGCAUUCCAGCGGCCGCAGCACGCCCAGCACGGUCAUAUCGAAGUCGACGGAGAGCUUGACGGGCGCACGGCCCAAAGUGCCGCCGCCUACGCUGCCCAAGCCGCAGCUCAAGAAGGCCGAUCUGGUGCGCAACGUGGCGCUCGAGACCUUCCAGGCCACCGAUGUGGGCCAGGGUGACUUUGCGGUGUUCGAGCACGACGCCAGCACCAAUACCAUACACCAGGUAGCCAAACUGCCCGUUCGCCUGGCCAGCAAGUCGUCCUCCAGGCCUCGUGAGAGUCCGCCGCCGCCGCCCGUCAACUACUCGACGCUGCCCAAAUCGCCGCUGCCCAAGCUGGCGGCUUCGCUGUUGGAGGAAUCCGCCUAUAUGGAGGCACUGCCGCCAGCACAGCGGCGUCCAAAUGAUUUCGUUCACGAGAACUCGCCGGACAACAUAUUGGUAACGCCGGAGCAGCAUCGGGAUUUCCUGUUGCGCGAGAACGAGAUGAGGAAUCAGCUGCGCGCUCCCUACGAGCCGGCGCCGCCCAUACCCAUAGCAGCCGGUAGCGGCGGGGGUGACAACAGCAACUAUGCGGUAAACAACCCUUUUCUAGAUUGUUGCGACACUGACAUUGACAGCCUGCCACUGCCUCCACCACCCCCAAUACCAAUGCCACCAACACCGACAAACGCCGAAACACCCGCACCGCCCGCCCAGCAUUCAUCAGCACGUCAUUUGCAUGAGCCGCCACUAACCGCUGUCGCCACUAACGCAACAACAUCUUAUUCUCCCAUUGCCAAUGCUAACAACUAUCUGAUGGAUGCCGCGCCGCUGCCGCAGCCGCAGCAGCUGCUGUUGGGGCCCGCAACGCCCGCACAAAUCUUUCCCGCGGCCCAAAUACUGCCCGUGCAAUAUGCCAGCCUGCCGCAGCCGCAGCAGCCCAAUAAACUUCGGCUGGGCGGUGCGGGUUCGCCGCCGCAGCCCGUGUUCAACGUGCUGCUGCUGCCCGGCGAUCAGCGCCAGGUGGCGGCUGCCCCCGGUGGCAGCUCUUCCACAGUCGGGUCGCUUUAUCUGCAGGCGUCACAGUUACCGCCAUCACCUGCGGCCGAGAAUGCGCCGGCCAUGGCCACACCAACACCCACAAAAGUGCCUAAAUCGGUAUCCGAUAAAAAACGAUUCUUUGAGUCUGCCAUGGAGGAUCAACACAAGCCCACACAAAAGACAGAUAAAGUUUUUUCGUUCCUGUCAAAGGACGAAGUCGAAAAGUUACGGCAGGAAGAGGAAAAGAAAAUUGCAACACUGCGUCGUGAUAAGAAAUCCCGAUUAUUAGAUGCUGCCAAUGACAACAUUGACAAGGACGACGAUGCCAGGCAUCCUGAUAACAGGCAACAGAAUACCGCUGACAACAGCAGCAGCGGCAGCAGCGAGUACAACAGCGACGACGACAACGGCGACGAGGACCACAACGAACUGCUGGCAAGCGGCCGCCAGGAUGUCGUUGACAAUGUCGUGCGGGCACAGUUCGAUGAUGCGGAGGACAUGAGAACCGCACAAGCUCAAGCGCAGACAACGCACGCGCCUAGCAAAAUACCCAAGCAGCUGCGGCAGCAGCGCGCCAAGGCCACGCCCACGCCCACUGCGGCGCCUGGCAGUGAUACGCCCAAGCCUUCACUGCUGCCCAAGCCAAAGGUCAAAGUUGUGAUGCCGCCCGCGCUGCAGCAACGUCUGUGGCAGCACCAGCAACAACAAGAGCAACAGCAGCAACAAUCUCAGCCCGAGGAGCCAACCAUACACGAAGAGGAGCAGCCGGCCACGCCCAGCGGCUCUGGCAGCCGCAUACCCGUGCGCACACUGAAGGCAGAACGCCGCGCCCUGGCAGCAGCUGCACGCCAGGCAGGCCUCACUGUGGACGACUACGUCCGACAGCUGGAGGAGGAGCAGCCGCAGCUGGAGCAGGGCGCCUCGCCCACAACGCCAGCGGUCAAGAGCCGCGCCAUGAUGAACGCUGAGAAGCGCGCCUCUUGGCGUGCCGCACGCCUACGCUCCUUGGAACAGGGCGCGGUCGAGGCGCAGGAUGUGAUCAAGAACAUGCGCAAGAUGACCGACGAUUUGAUCACACACGAGUCCAGAGCCAGCGAGGUGGAGACCUGCAAGGAGCGCAUCAUUUCAUUGGAGCUGCAGGUGCCUGAGGCGGAAGAAGGUACACUUGAUGAUACACAGCCGCCGCUGGAACUGCAGGCAGAUGAUGAUUUCGACAACGAUGAUUACGAUGAUGAUGACGACGAUGAAGAGGACGAGGAGGAGGAAGAGGAAGAGGACACUGCCUCCAUUGUUACGGUGCAAGCAAACAACGAGAAAUUGUUUCUGCGCCACGAUGCAGAUGCCUAUGGCCCAUCCUCCAUUGACAGCGUCUCGUCGGGCAAGGUACGCAUUAAGGCAACGCCGCUGACACUACACCAGACGCUGGCCAAAGAGACGACCAUUGUGGAGGUGCUGAAUCCUGUCAUUGGUGGCGACGGCAGUGCGCGUACUAUACAAGUGAGUGGCGUGCCCUUCGACAUGGAUGAGUUGGAGGAGGGCGCGACCUCGCUGCUGCGCAGCGAAACUUUUGUGAUGCCCACUGGCGGCAAGUCGGAGCUGUCAUUAAAUGCAAAAAUGAAGAAUGUGCUCGAGGAGCUGCUAGAGAAUGAGCGCGUUAAAUUGAAUUUGCAAAAGAGCCUCGAGGAGCACAGUGACAAUGACAACGACGACGAGGGCGAAACCGAGAACGUCUAUGUGGAUGCACGCGACGACGAUGAGAGCGCCUAUGGUGACGCUAUAGAUGAUGUUGUUGACUUUGGCGUAACAGUCGUGCCGACGGGCAAAACUAAAGGCCAGGACGAUGCCAAGAACGGCAAUCAGCAGCUGCUGGAAGCGUUGAUCAGGGACAGUAAUCGCAAUACCAUAAUGGGUAAAUUGGCCAGUCAAUUGGCCACGAACAAAGACGAGGACGACGACGACGAUGACGAGCAGGACGACGACGAGGAGGAAGACGAAAGUAGCGAUUCCUCGGACGAUGAUAGCGAUGACUCCGAUGAGGAGGACAAUGCCGAGGAGCAAUUAAACAUUGCCUACGUGCAGGGCGCGCAGGUAAUCGAGAAUCUCAACACUGUGGCUGCGGGCAACAAGCUGCAAAAGUCACAGACCUACAACACCAUGAAGCAAGCUGAACAGGAGGAGAAGGAAGCGGAGGAGCUAGCAAGCGGCAAUACCCUGGCCCAGCUGCAGGCCGAGCAGCGUGCACUGGCCGAGAUCUCAAAACAGCUGCGCAAGUCUGUCGAGGAUUUGCUUAGCGCCGAUGGCGGCUCGGUAGUGGAAACGCAGCGCACCUACACGCUGCCAGCCUCCAGCGACAGCAAAGCCGUCGUCACCGUCACCGAGGUGGUAAAGAAGCAAAAGAAAACGGCACGGCAAUCGGGCGCCGGCGAAUCUGGCGAGGCUAUAUUCAAUCGCCUGCUCAGCGCCGGCGAAUCCGAGCGCCAGAUCUUCGACCAGCAGCAGGGUGAAACCAUCACAACCACCACCACAACCACUGAGGCCCUGCCCGCCGCGGCAGCCGCCGCAGCUGCCGGCGAGCCCAGCACCAGUGUGGUGACCACAACGCGCACAGUCUCCAACAUUGUCACCAGCGGCAUACCGAGGCUCGAGGCGAGCAAGCAAACCAGUCGCAACAGCAACAGCAGCAACAACAACAAUAACAAUCGCAGCAAAAACAAGCGCAAAGGCAAAAAGAAAUAGGCAAUAAAGGACGACAAAUUGCGCAUACGACACGAGGUCUGUAUGAGAUUUAACUAGGCAUAUACACAAAUAUUCUCAUGAGCAGCCCUUCACCAGCAGCAGCCCCUCCCACACAUAGACAUAGUCACAUAUCAGCGCAUUAAGGAGCAUUUAACAAUGUGCCGUUAUACAUAAUCAUUAUAAAUAAAGCCGGUCAAAAGUUAUUUCGACGGUCCCUCAUACAAAAUUAAUAACCCCGAGCAUUCCGACUGUCCAUUUUAUGCUGGACAAUAUUGUUAAGGUCUAGCUCUAAUCAAUACAACAAGUUUAUUAAUACAUAAUAUUCGAAGUAUGUAUUUAUUGGUGUUGCAUUAUUCUAGUUACUGCAAUCUUGUGGUCAGUGUACAACAACUUACGAGAUAGUCAGUCUAAAAAUGCAUUAACUAAACUGUAAUUGUAAAAAAAAAUCAAUCCGAGCAAAUGAUUAAAUAUUUACCUAUUUGAUAUGUAUUUAGCGUGUAAGCAAACAAACUUUUUAUAAACCGACAAAACAAACAAACAUUGUUGCAAUGUAAUAAACAAUUCAAUUUAUUUUUUAUUUUUAAA